AUGAUAUCUCGGGCUAUUUCAUCCCGUCUCCCAACAUCCCAUCCUCAUCAUCUUCUGCGCACCAGGCCCUUCACCAGCUCCGGUCCCCGAUGGAAUUCCUCAAAUGAGACUAGCUCUUUCAAACAAGGACUGGCCCGGUACAGGAUCUUUGCGGGCCCCUUUUCCAAGGUCUUCCUCGGUGCUAUUUUCACAUAUCAGGUUCUCUACUGGACGUGGCUGAAGCUUGAAAUGGACGAAUCUAAAUAUGAAAAGAAUCAAGAGGUUGGGGCACUGGAACAGAAGGCCCGGGAAUUAACUGCUACUUCUACUUCUCAGAAAUAA